AUGGCGGACGGAUACGCAUCGCAUUUUGGCAUCAACAACAUACCUUAUGGCGUUGCCAGUUCCUCCAAACGGUCAAGCCCACAAUGCGCAACGCGUAUUGGGGAUGAGGUUAUUUUUCUUGCAGAGCUCGCCGAGCACGAUGCCUUCAAAGCAAUCUCAGCAUCAUUAUCCUCCAUCUUUCGCGAAUCCACGUUGAACAGCUUCGCAGCGCUAUCCAAAGACACACAGCGACAGGUUCGAUCAGCAAUUCAAGAGGCGUACAAGAACAACUUGCACAAGGAUUACUCAGAAAGCAUCAAGGACGUGAGCCUGCAUGUGCCAGUCCACGUUGGCGACUUUACAGAUUACAGCGCGUCAGCAAAUCAUGUGCUCAACGCCGGAGAGGCGAUAAUGGGAGUGCGUUCAUUCCCACCCGCAUUCAAAAAGUAUCCAGUGGGCUACGCAGGUCGAUCUUCGUCGAUUGUAGUUUCGGGCACACCAGUCACACGGCCCCUGGGCCAGUUCAUAGAGGACUACACAGCUCCUGAGAAGAAAGUCAUUUUUGGCCCUUGCCGAAGCCUAGACUACGAGAUGGAAAUUUCGGCAGUCAUUGGCAAGCCCGUCGAGCCAAACACAAUUCUGCAUGCAAAAGACGCAGAUGAGCACAUUUUCGGGCUCGUCUUACUCAACGACUGGAGCGCUCGAGACAUUCAGGGCCUGGAAAUGAAUCCCCUGGGUCCUAUCAACGGCAAGAACUUUAUGACUUCCGUGUCGCCCUGGAUCGUGACUCUCGAUGCGUUGGCUCCCUUUGCAGUGCCUGCACAAGAGCGCAUGGAGCCCGUGGCCACGUACCUGGACGAUCCCGCCAGCAUAGUCUACAACAUUGCGCUCGAGGGCCAGGUCAUCAGGAAUGGAGCUCAGACAACAACGUGUAAAGUGAAUUUCGACACAAUGUACUGGACGUUCAGACACAUGCUCGCGCACCAUACAAUUGGCGGGUGCAAUCUCAGGACGGGCGACUUGGUCGCGUGUGGCACGGUAUCAGGCCAGCAGGACCAUGAGCAUGGGUGCUUACUUGAGCUUACCAAGAACGGACGGGUCCCGACUAAGCUGAGCGACGGGUCAGAACUGCGUUUCCUCGAAGACGGAGACGAAGUGCGGUACAUUGGGGUGUCUGGCGACGGAGUGGGAUUUGGAGCUUGUGUUGGCAGUGUGAAAGCCGCGCCGAAGAUAUAA